AUGGCUGUUGAGGAGAUGCAAUUGGCUGCAUCAAUGCAAAUGAACAACCAAUUGAGCAACUCUCAGAGAAUGAGCUUUGCCAUUCAUGAGAUUCUAGGAAUCCAGGGAAACGCAUAUCUGUCUCAUGGCUAUUGUCCACAGGGAACCUUCUUCCCAAAUCAACCAAACUUUAUGGACAUUAGUACUUGUGGAGUUUCAGGAUUUGAUAGACCACUCUGUGGUACUGAUGGCCUUGGAAAUAUUCCUACAACUGCUCCACUGAUGUAUCGUAUGCCAACAUCUACUUCUGAUGUUCUGACUGUCGAGCCGCAAACUCAAGUGAGUUCAACAAGUUCUUCGUCUUCUGGAGGAGGCGUCGGGAGCAACUCAACUGGUUCUGGAGGUGGUGGCAAAUCUAGUAAACGAAAGAAGAGAAGACAUCGUACAAUCUUCACUCAAUAUCAAAUCGAUGAAUUGGAAAAAGCAUUCCAAGAUGCACAUUAUCCAGAUGUCUACGCAAGAGAAGUACUCGCCGGGAAGACAGAAUUGCAAGAGGAUCGGAUUCAGGUAUGGUUCCAAAAUCGGCGCGCAAAGUGGCGAAAAACUGAGAAGACUUGGGGAAAGAGUACGAUAAUGGCGGAGUAUGGUUUGUAUGGAGCAAUGGUUCGUCACUCACUUCCUCUCCCGGAGACAAUCACAAAAUCAGCUGAGACAGCAGAUCCACAACAAAGUGCAGCUCCGUGGUUGUUAGGAAUGCACAAGAAGAGUAUGGAAGCUGCUGCACAUUUGGAAAGUGUUGAGAAGUGUGAUAUGUCGGAUAGUGAAGAAGAUGAACCACCGAUCCGUCAAUCAAUUAAAACUGAAUACAAGUCCUCAAACAGAGAAAGGACACAGGAUCACCAACUCCAGCAGCAGCAACAACAGCAGCAAUCAUUGAACUUCGAUGCCCCUCUUGUUGACACAUCGUCUCUUUCUCAGUUACACUUUCAGAAUACUCAAAUGAUUCCUUCGAAUAAUUCUUUGAAACUCUACCAUGAUUAUACUAAUUCCAUGUAA